GCGAUUGGUUGAACCCAGCGAUGCUCUAUACAAGCGACAGUUGACAGUAACAUAGCGCUCUUGGACUCUCUCCCAUUAAUAGUGUUUCAAUCGUGCACUGUUGGCAUCGCACUCGGAUACUUUUAGAAUUCUACGCUAAGAUAACUUAUCGCUCAAAAUGAUUGUGGACGGAGAUAGACUAGUGAAACUGAUGACUCUCAUCUUUACUGCCUUAAACCAAAUACACUUCGCCUUUUCCUUUAAGGGAUUUUCCAUGAGAAGUCCAGAGCAGUUUAGCAUGUUGGCAAAGAGGGGAGGCGGCGGCGACUGGCGCGUGGCCUUCAAAGGCGACAAGUUCGAGGAGAAGACAUUUGCGGCGCGACAAGACGACAUCGUGCUUGAGUGCGAGGCGGGCGGAAGUCCCUCGCCAACCAUUCACUGGCUCAAGGACGGAGAGCGCAUCCAGCAGGGUGUGUCUCGGGACUAUUUGGACGAUGAGGCGGCGUACGAGGAGAAGCUGAAGGCGGGGGAUCAGCGGAUGUUGCGGCUGGGAAAGGUCAAGUCCAAGUUGUUCCUGGACUGCGUUUCCGACAGGGAUGAGGGUGUGUACACGUGCGUGGCCGAGACGCCAUACGAGAGAAUAGCACAGACGACCGUCCUUCAAAUGGAAGAUAGCAUCUCUUCAUUAUCAAGGAAAAGCUGUUUAACGAAGAAAGCGUUUAGAGGUGAGCCGGCGCGGAUCCAUCUAUGGACGGCCGUGCGGGUUGAGUUCGAAAGCGCGCCCGUGCAGUUGUUCUGUCGCGCGGAUGGCUACCCGGCACCCACGUGCACUUGGCGAUACACAGACGAGGGUAAACCGAUCGAGGACGAUGAACAUCACAAGCUCCUGCCCAACGGCGACCUCCUGAUUGGUCAGAUCAGCUGGCGGAGAAACAUGGGCGACUACUACUGCAUGUGCGAAAACGAGUCCGGUGUUGACGAAAUCUCAACAUUCCUCUACCCAACAAGACCCUGAGCUGCCCAAAGCCUUGCUUAAGAUAUAAGGAGGAAGUCUGCAGUUCAGCCAAGCGCCAUUGCUUCUUUCAUAUGCCUUAACAAUGACGUUCGGGUGUUAACACGAUCUACGCGAGAAAACAAAAAAAAACAAUCAGAGGACGGAAAUCUCAAUUCGACUUUCACGUGUUGUUGAACUAUCCAUACAUGUCAUUUACCUCUCAUUUCGAUGUUGUGACAAUUGUGAUAUUGGUGCUGAUGUACAUUGUGCCAGUAAAUUGUAACUUGACAACAUGACGGUGAAUAUGCGCAGUAAUUCGUUUUUUGGCGUGGUAGUUUUUGCGCAUGCGCUUAAUUUCUGUAGACGACUGUAUCAUGUGACUUAGUCGAAAACUAUUCCACAUAAGGGUGCCGAACUGACACGCCUUGCAAUGUUAAAUGUGUUCAAAUGACUUGUAAUCUAUGAUUUUAUCCUGUAUUAUUAUUGAUGUACUUUCCUUGCUCUAUGUGCUAUUACAGUCAUUUUUAGUCAUACAUUUUCUGUUGGCCAUAAUUUAUAAGGGGGCAUUCAAGUCAAUACGUAUGAACGAUAAAAAAACGAGAGUAAAAAACAACUCGAAUCGGGUUUGACUCACCAACACCAGUAUUAAGACUGAAAUGUGUAUGAAACUCAUCAAAAUGCCCCGGAAUAAAACGCUGCCAUACAGCAUAAUAUAACAUUACGACAGAAAUAUUUAUUCAAAUGGGUCGAUUGUUCAGAAAUUUGUUACCUUUCAAAUUGUUACUGCUCUGGAAGUUUAAUGGAUACAUUUCAGAUCUGCUGUAUAACAAACAAGACUUGAUACGGCUUUUAUAUUUAGAUCUGUGAACUCACAAUCCAAUAUUUUACGUUUACAAGAUAACAACGCUACCUGAUGACUUUAACAAAGUUGUGAACAACCGGCCCCAUGUAAACAAAGUGCAUAAUAGUUUACAUAGACUUUAGUCAAACUGCAAACGUGAUUUAUGUUUUUGUUUGAUAUGUCUCAGCCUAUUUAAAUCCAGGUUUCCUGUGUAAAUACGCAUUUCAUAUUUAUUUUACUUAUUUAUUUUGUUCAUGCAUUUUUAGCCAUCUUUCAUUUACAUGUUUUACAUUCACUGCAUUGACACUCAUGACUUCAUCUUUUGUUUCAUUGUGACUAUGAACUAGUUAUUGUUAAAGGCAAUUGAGAGAUUAAAACUCAGAAAAAAAUA